GAUACUGAUAUUUAUCUGCUCAUCAUUUUGGAGUACUCAUUCAUUCAUUUCCAACUAUUUCAUAUUUUGUUAUAAAGUGAACACGUCACAUCAGCAAUGUCUUGCUUCCAACAUUUAAUCAUCAUCCUCUUCUCAUCAUUGUUCCUCCACUUCUCUCAAGCUGACGUUGGCACUGCUUCCCACUAUGGUCCUCCCUUUUUACCGACGGAGUGUUUCGGGGAAGGAGCGUCGCAGUUUCCGUCGACCAACAUGUUUGGUUCGGCUGGAGAGGGUAUAUGGAACAAUGGUGCAGCAUGUGGGAGGGUGUACGAGGUGAGAUGCAUCAGUGCUGCUGUUCCAAGAACUUGCAUUCCUGGUCAAGCGGUUCAGAUUAAGAUUGUUGACAGAGCACAAUCGUCUGUUUCUAGGCCUUCAACGGAUGAUACUUCCAUGGUUCUUUCCAUCACUGCUUUUCAAGUCAUUGCAAACGUUUCUUCACCAUUGAUUAACAUUGAAUUCCAACAGGUUUGAAAAUUUGAACAAAGGGAGGGUAGGAAUUGGAACCUGGUGAAUUUGUUACUGAGAAGUUAAAUUUUGUUGUGACUGAGGAAUUUGUAUGAGGAUUUAAAACUCUAAUUGUCAAUAUUGAUGAACAUUUAUAUGGAUUUUUUCUUCUCAAGUUUAGUCAUUUUUCUUGCUUA